AAAGACAAAGAAAAGAGUAAGUUGACUGAUCUUGAGAUUGCUCAGUAUGCUUACAAGUUCUUCAACACAUUCAAGGGCCUUGUGGUCAACCUUAUCUUCAGCUUCAGGGAGCGCGACGAGAGCCUAGAGAUCUUUGAGAAUCUUACUGAUCCAGAGGAAGCUUUGAGGAUCAUUGAAGUUGAGCUUGGAUUCCUCUAUGAUGCUCUGUUCACCAAGGUCGCUGUUCUUCAUACCCUUAUCGGAACUAUAUCACAGGUGGUUGCUUCAGGGACCCUUGUGGCAGCUUUCAUCCUCUUUCAUAAGAAACCAAACAAAGGCAGAGAGUUUCAUCCAGCUGAUGUUGUGGUUACUUACACGCUGUUUGCAGUUGGCUUAGCUUUGGAUCUCAUAUCAAUCCUCUUGUUUCUGUUUUCUGACUGGACUUGUGCUGCACUUAGUAGCUUGAAGGAUGACCCCGACGAAGAUCUAUCACCGAAAGAUCAGUUUUUCAACUGGCUACUUAGUCUCAGAAAGCUUAGUUGGACGAUGCAAGAGUGUAACAAGGAAGGUGAUGAUAAGUGUUCAAAGCAUGAAGUGCUGACGACUGGAUUCUUCCUCAGGAGAUGGU